AUGCCUGGCCCCCCUCCACUAGCUCCUGCCCUGCAGAGGAGCAUCGAUGCCACCAAGGUAGACUACGUCAACCUGGGCCAGUCCGGCCUUCGAGUGUCUGUCCCGAUCCUCGGCGGCAUGUCACUUGGCUCCAAGGAGUGGGCUCCCUGGGUCUUGGACGAAGACGAUUCGCUCCAGAUCCUGAAAGCCGCCUACGAUCGCGGUAUCAACACCUGGGAUACCGCUAAUGCCUAUUCGAACGGCUUGAGCGAGAAAGUCAUCGGGAAAGCUCUCAAGCACUUUGGCAUCCAGCGAGAGAAGGUCGUCAUCAUGACAAAAUGCUUCAUGCCCGUGGGGGAGGAGUCUAACCUCCAUGUUCCUCCUCCCGUCGCAAGCCAAAGUGUUGAUUACGUCAAUCAAGCUGGUCUGUCUCGAGGUGCGAUCCUCAAAGCCGUGGAUGCCUCCUUGAAGCGGCUUGACACCACCUACAUCGACGUGCUGCAACUCCAUCGCUUUGACGAUUCCACACCCAUCGAGGAGACCAUGGAGGCAUUGCACGACCUCGUACGCUCCGGCAAGGUGCAUUACAUCGGUGCGAGCUCGAUGUGGGCGACGCAAUUCGCCCAGAUGCAGUUCGUGGCAGAGAAGAAUGGCUGGACCAAGUUCAUCAGUAUGCAGAACUACUACAAUCUCUGCUACCGCGAGGAAGAGCGCGAGAUGAUUCGUUUCUGCAAGGCGACCGGAGUUGGACUCAUCCCCUGGUCUCCGCUAUACUCCGGGCGACUUGCUCGACCGUUGAGCUCUAGCCGCACCUUGCGCUCGGACAUGCCAAAUCCACUCGAUCCGACUAUGACGGACGUGGACAGAGCGAUUAUUGCCAGGGUUGAAGAACUGGCGACCAAGAAGGGGUGGAAGAUGAGUCACGUUGGUCUUAUCUGGCUGCGAAUGAAGGGAGCGAUUCCUAUCACUGGAUUCAAUUCGGUCGAGAGGGUGGAAGAAGCUUGUGAGCUGCGAGGGAAGACCUUAACCGAUGAUGAAAUUCAGUAUCUGGAGGAACUGUACGUGCCAAAGACAGCCAGGGGCAAUUUCUGA